AUGAAGGAAUAUUCGAUUGAACACAAUGAGGACAAAGGCGAAGUGACAAAAUGUGAAAGCGAGUACAGUGCGCUGCUGGAGUGUUUGGACACCUUCGAUAGGUUUGACUUCCGUGAGGGGGAUAUCCCCAGCGCGAUGGCUAUUACUAUCGCUACCGUGGGGUCCUUGCUCAAAUUGGGCAAAAUGCCAAAACGAAUUGAAGACAUUCCGCGCGUGCUAUAG